CUUUGCCACGUUGCUGUAGACGCCGGGCUUCGCUGCUGCAGGAUGUUGUGACUGAGGCAAUACGGUGCAACCCUGUGGGAUGAACGAAGAAGUUAAAGCGCACGAAACAACUGGUGGAGAUAGUAGUGCGUUUGUUUGAGUGAGCACUUUUAAAAAUGCUUACUGACGUGGUUAUCGAGGAGGAUUUCGAGCUGAGAGGCGAAGACCUUUGGUAUAGCAAACAGGACCUCGAGAAUGAUUUACAUUUGGCAGCAGAGCUUGGCAAAACCCUGCUGGACAGGAACCAUGAGCUGGAGCAGAGCCUUCAGCAGAUGUACACAAACAACCAGGAGCAGCUGCAGGAAAUCGAGUACCUGACCAAGCAGAUGGACGUGCUGCGUCAGAUGAACGAGCAGCACGCCAAGGUGUACGAGCAGCUGGACGGGGUGGCCCGAGAGCUGGAGCAGGGCAACUGCAAGCUGAUGCAGGACAACCGGGUCGCCCAGCAGAGGAUCCAGAGCCUGACUGAGACGGUGGACUCUCUCCAGGCGCACAUGGACGAGCUGCAGGAGCAGGUGGAGCAGCUGAGCGCGGCCCAGUCGGAGCGCAGCCGCAGGGAGCAUGCCCAGCUGCAGCAGCGCCGCGCCAGCCUCAGCGCCCAGAGCGUGCCCUGCCUCAAGGAGCUCUACGACCUGCACCAGGACAGGUGCCUGAUGCCCACUGACGAGCUGCCGUGUGAGCGUCCCUGGGCGCUCCCGCCGGAGGAGCAGACGGCGGCGGCGGAGGCGGAGGAGGAGGAGCGGGCGGCGCUGUGCGGGCUGGUGCAGACCCUGGAGGCCCAGCUGGAGGCGGAGCGCUCGCGCCGGCACGAGGCCGAGCAGGAGGCCGAGGCGACGGCCGAGGAGAACGGCAUGCUGGGGCAGCGCCUGGCGCUGCUGGACGGCUGCCGCGCCCGGCAGGCGGAGCUGGAGGCCGAGGUGGAGGAGCUCCGGCAGCUGUGGCGCUCGGAGAUGGCCAGGGCCAGGCGGGCGCAGCAGCGGGCGCUGCAGGACGACGUGCAGGACGACGUGUUCCUCGGCCUGGUGGAGGAGAGAGGGGAGGGGAAGCCGCGGGCACGGUGCCAGAGCGAGGGCGCCAUCCAGGGCGCCAGCGGCGCGGAGCUGCGGCGCCGCCACCGGCCCACCUGCGCCCGCCGGCCCCGGGCGCUCCUGACCCGCCGCGGCGUGUCGCUGCUGAGCGAAGUGGACGCCCAGUACAGCGCCCUCCAGAGGCAGUACGACGAACUCCUCCGCCGCUCCCAGCACGCCGCCGCCGCCACCGCGAACAACGCCGCCGCCAACGGCCCGCUCAGCCACAAGGCCGUCCAGACGCCCGGCGUCGCCGGCGGCAACAACAGCUGCUCCAUCUACGCGCACGCAGCCGCCCACGCCGCCGCCCACCACGCCCCCCGUCGCCGCCUGUCCGGCUCGGCGUCCGGCGAGCCGCCCGAGUACAAGGCCCUCUUCAUGGAGAUCUUCAACUGCAUCCAGAAGACCAAAGGGGACCUGAGCGACACCAGCGUCCAGGCCCUCCACAGGAUGCAGACCAGGCGUCUGAGCCAGGCCAUCCAGACGGACGAGGCGCCGUGACUCACUCCCGCGGAGGGGGUCGGCGGCGACCACACUUACUGCCUCUUUCCCCUGUCCUGGGGUUGGGGCUGCAGCUUCCUCUAGGCUUGGGCAUCCGUAAGAGGAGAGUGUGCCGGAUUGGCUGCUUUUGAGGUUUCUCCACAGAUGCUUUAUGUUGUUUAACCUCCCGCUCAUAUCGGUGCUCAGUUCUGUUAAAGAGUUUGUGUCUUUUGCUUUACAUGGCUGGCUGCUAGACAAGCUUUGGUGUGGCGUUGAAGCUGUUUAGUCGUGUAGGCCUAUGUCAGGGAUCAGGUGAAGCUUGUUGUGUUUCUUCCAAAACAAGUGCAAGUGCAUGGUUAGAUGCUAGAUGGAUUAAGUAGCUGUUGACUUGACAUUUUGAAGCACCAAGUAGACCUGAUUCAAUGAAAACAUAUACAUGCUGAAUUUAGAAGCCAAUGAAUGUAAUGACUUCAGUUCUUGUAUAUUUGCACUUGAUUUGAUAUCAAUACAAUGAUGUGUGGUGCUUUGGGAUUGAAGAACAUUGCAGCUAUUUUGAGAUAGAGUUGCAUAGCCGGCUUGCAUAUGAGUGCCAUAUAUCCUUAUAGUAAAUGUGAAUGAUUACGUCCAGAAUGAUGAAGAAAAUCUCAAGGACUGCCCAGAAGCUUCAAAGCCUGGGCAAGAAAUGUGUUCAGGUAGUCCAUACUGUUCAGGCAGUGGGCAAAGUGUUUGUACUUGUUGUUGAACACAGAGCAGAUAGACCUACACUACCAUGGAGACGCUAAACUGCUUUGCACACAACCGUAUUAACAUUUCCUUAUUUAUUAUUUAUUAUAAAUUUCAGUCAUAUCUAGAAAUGAGAGUUUAUUUAUUUUGUACCUUAUUUUCUUGUAUGUUUACAGUUAUGCAUCUCAAAUGGAUGAAAUUAUUGUUUCGUGUAACUAAGUCAGAGGUCAGUUUUGUAAGUUACUUAGUGGAGGCAGAGAUUGGAUUUGGCACGCAUUCCUACAGUCAGAAUUACACAACAAGCAUAAUCUUGUAGUCUCUGUGGAUUAAAGUUACAGUAGCUAGCAGUUGUCUACUUGAAUCGAAGACACAAGGUGAUUUUUUGUUGUUUUUUUGUUUUUGCAGAAGAACAAAUCACAUUUUCAGUGUUAUGGCUCUAAUGCGGUGUUCUAAAUGUGUAAUGUGUAAUUUGUAUGUGAUAGGCCAGAGCUGAGAUAGAGAGAUGGGGGAGAUUAAGCCAGUGCGUGAUCGAAGGACAAAGGAAUGUUGAUCGUUGAUGGAGAAACAAAAACAGAUUGGGAAAGGAUUCAACUGUUAAUUGGUGUGUGGUACAAGAAGGUUGAUUAGGGGCUCGGCGAGGUGUGAGGCCAGCACUCUUGGGUCCUCUCCAUCCUUGCUAUCUAAUGCUAGGACAGACUCGGUGCAAUUUUAUUUCUCAGUUUGUGACCCCGUGUAAUUGGAUUGCCUACUUAAUGUAAGCACAAGUCAAACAGCAGAAGAAAGUCAGUUAUGAAAUUUAAACUAGAUAAAUAGUCCUUAGUUGGAACUUCUUGGAAUGGCUGAUUAAAUAAUGUAGCUUUCAUAUUGUUACAGACACGUUUUGAAUCCAAAUGUAUUCAUGUCUUUGUCAGUGGAAAAACAGGUGUUUGCAUAUCAAUCAGAAUGUCACUCAACAGCAUUUCUAUCUUUUUGUUUGACCUUUUUCAGAUACAAUGAUAUAUAUUUUUUAUGAUACAGCUUUUCUAAGUGUUGACAUCCUUAAACUGUAAUCAUAAGGCUACUUACUAACA